AUGAGUAUAUCUGCAUGCCAGAACGAUCACGGGAGUUAUACUCUUAAUGGCAGUUCCGUCACGACCGGUGCAGCUGCAAAGGGUUCAAUAUGGCAUUCCAAUACGACGAACAGUUUUUUAGAAGGAUUUAAUUCACAACAUUCAAUUUCAACUAGAACUAGUCUUUUGGAAACUUCUGGUUCACAGCAUUCAACCGUAUUGGAGUUUUCUCAAUCUCAGACUGAUUCGUUUCAUCUCGAUGUUCCUGUACAUGAAGAUGAUGGGCACUUGGAAUCGAUUGUUUAUGCUACUGGUCGAAAGAUGGGGUAUGAGAAGCAGACCGAGGAAGCUCCGCCUUCAACAAGCUCCGAAAUUGCUGACCGAUAUGAUUCAGAUGAAGAUGGAGAGAUUGAUAUCCAAAUUCGGAACGUUGUUUGCAAUUAUACACUUCCACUGCAUAUUGAUUUGCAUCGCGUAGCUUUAAGUUCAGGCAAUGUCGCAUUUGAUCGAGGUCGAGGAGUUUUGUUGAAGCAGAAGAGAAAUCCUUCGUGCUACGUUAAAAUAUACAGCUCCGGGAAAAUUUAUAUUGUCGGAUGUCGCAGCGAAAGCGAAUGCAAGCGUGCUGCUAGGGGUGUUGCGCGCAUGGUCCAAAAAAGCAUGGGCAGAAUGAUGGACGUUGUCCGAAUUCGGAAUUAUCGCGUUUGUAACGUACUUGCAACUUGUAAAAUGCCUUUUGGUGUAAAAAUUGAAGAAAUCGUUCUCAAUAUGAACCAGAAUUAUCAGUUGGCCUCAUAUGGCGUUCUACAAAUCCUCGAGCCACUCUCCGAAUUCAUACCACAGGCAGCAUUACGGUUACUGGAGGCAACUGCGUCGGAAAAUGAUGUAAUGAAAGCAAUUGAAGUAAUUUAUCCAAUUAUCAAGGAAUUUCGGUGUGCUUUACGUUUGCGUAAUGCCACCAUUUCGAAGCCUUCACGUAAAAGGAAACAUGGGCCUAGUUUACAUGGAUUCCAACGGUUCCCGAGCUCUUCUGGGGUUUAUGGAAACCGAGUUUAUUUCAGUGAUGAAGAUGAUGAAGAAGAGGAUGAGUUUGAAGACGUUGUCUAA